GUGAAAUUGAAAGCGCGCCUCCACAAUUGUGUGCGUAUGACCGCUGGUAAGGAGGCGAUCGUGGGUCGUGUGUGAAAUUUGGGACUACGUAGAGACUAUACCAAGUAACAGCAGAAUGAAUGGUUCCGGACAUUACCCUGGCCCGCCAGCAUAUGGCCAUCAAUACGCACAGAAUAUCCAGCAAGGCCACCAAUAUCCCCAGCCUGGAAAGAGUGACGCCCACGCCCAAAACACAGUGGUCAUGGCCCAGCCCGCAGCCUCACACACAGUUGUCAUCCAGCCCCCAACCAGCACACCGAGACCCUCCAGUUAUCUUGGUCUGGCCAUAUUUGUCACAAUCUGCUGUAAUCUGCCUAUUGGAAUCAUCGCCAUUAUUGUCUCCCUGUGUUCAGGAUGUGCAGCAGACGAGAACAACAUGGAUUCUGCAAGACUUAGAGGAAAAAUCUCCAUGGGUCUCAGCAUUACAGGCAUCAUUUUGACAAUAGGGGGAGCCAUUGCUGUUAUCUUAUAUUUCACGGUGUUGGUUAAAGCUGCUGUAACUACAGUUGGUGCAGUUGUUGGUUAAAAGCUUUUCUGAAUUAUUCAAGUUUUUUUUUUUUUUUUUUUUUUUUUUUCUGACAGACAUUGGACUGAAAGUUUGUUGCAUAAACUGUUAUCGAGAAUGCUCCAACAUAAAAAAAUGUUUGAAGUCAUAACAAUGUUUCUCAGUUUACAGCAUGUAACUAUUUAUAUGUAAAUUAAUGAUAUUUAACUCUUGAAAUACAAAGUGUAGCACCUUGGCACGUUUAUUCAUGAUGUAAAGGAAGACAUCACAAUCGUGACAAUGACUUUUUAUGCAUCAUUAUAAAUUGCACCUUUGACAAGUAAUAUUUUCUAUGACUUAUAAUUUCAAAAAGUAUUUUUAUAAUGAAAAUGUACACAAAAGUAAUAUAUAUUUAUAUAUUUAUAAGAUAAAGAAUACUGUCAACUUGUAAAUUCUCUGUCCAAGAAUCCUACUGUAUGGUGCAGUCUGGAGAUAUUAGUAAAUGCAAAAUCCCCUCAUAAGGUAAACCAAUUUCCAUCAGUGGAAUCAGGAACUGAGAGAGUAUUUCUUUUUCUUCAUUUUACAAGGUCAGCAGAAUUGUAUAGUUUUGUCUUUUAUUAAAUAACCACUUUAGCAUGCCACUGAGGGUAGUUGUUCUGUCUUAUGCCAGUGGUUAUCUGUUCUUGCUGGCACUUUAGUAAACCUAUAAAAACAAAUGGGAAAUUUAAGAAUGUUGCUAUUCAUUAAAACUUGGGCAUUGCAGGUUCAACUUCCAUAAAAAAUGUCGGAAUCCCCAUAAAUCACAUAUUAAAGUAGGAAGAGUAGAAAAUAAAAGUGGAAAUGAUGACUCUUUAAUGUAAACUUAGAUAAUUUUGAAAAUAUCCUUUGGUUAACUACUGCUAAAAGGGCAUAUAAUUACAAAGUAUUACCUUGUCAACUUGAAUAAAGGCUUUUCUUUAUCUUCACUUUUUCUU